AUGUGUCCUUUGACGAAUCUUGAGCAAUUGGUAACGUCUCGAAAUAGUUUAACAGGAACUAUCCCUUCUUGUCUCUUCAAACUCAAAUAUCUUCGUGUGAUAGAUGUGUCGAAGAACAAAUUUCACGGUCUAGUGCCUUUUCCACCUAAAGGUAUAAAGUUGUUUAUUCUAUCAGGAAACAAGUUCAGUGGUGAAAUCUCAUUAGAAUUAGGAAGAAUAUUAUCUAAUGCUUACACCAUAAGUAUAGCUGGUAAUGAACUUUCAGGUUCAAUUCCGUUUAUUCUGUGUCAAACGAAACCAGGAUUCACAUUUAUUAGCUAUAUAGAUUUGUCUAACAACAAAUUAUCCGGGACGAUACCUUCUAAUAUAGGGCACUGCCGAAGAUUGAGUGCUCUAAAACUUGGAAACAACAAUCUCACUGGAAAAGUUCCUGAUGAGCUUAAAUUAACAAAAUCCAUGAGCUUUCUCCAGUUAAAUAACAAUUAUCUCGACGGGACUCCACUAAACCUCAUUAGUGAAUUUCACGAGUUGAAAUUUCUCAAUUUGGCAAAUAACAACUUUCGAGGCGGUAUACCAACUACUCUUGGUUCACUCAAGUACCUUAGGUUUCUUUCUUUAAGUUCGAACAACUUCAAGGUUCGAUACCCGGGGAGAUUAUUCAUUUGCAAGAACUCCAAUUGA